AUGUUUACUUUGCAAAGCAGAGACCUGAUCAUGAUGUGUGGAACUAUAAAUCCUAAGGUAUAUGAAAGGAUUCAUGACCUUGGAGUUUUGAUGCUGGGGGUGACCUGCAGGAGAGGCUGGCACUCUUGACCUUGGGGCUGCACAUGCAGGCCCAGGAUUUGGAGAAGCUGAAGGAAGAUAUGGUGAAGGCUGAAGGAGCUGCAGGCCUAGCUGCUUGCUCAUGCCAGCAAAGAUGACUGGGAAUGUAAACAAGAAUAAGCUGUUUGUUUCCUGAUGGCUUUUAGCAUAUACUGACAUACCAUUUGUGAUGGCAUCCGAGACUGAGAAGACCCAUGCUUUACUCCAGUCUUGUAGCACUGAAUCUCUUAUUUCCAGCCUUGGUCUGGGCAUAUUCUGCCUAGUAGCUGACAGACUUCUUCAGUUUUCCAUAAUUCAACAAAAUGACUGGCUUCGUGCACUCUCAGAUAAUUCAGUACAUUGCAUGAUUGGCAUGUGGUCAUGGGCAAUAGUCAUUGGAAUCAAGAAGAAGACUGACAUUGGAGAAAUCGUUUUAGCUGGAUUUUUAGCCUCUGUUAUUGAUAUAGACCACUUUUUUCUAGCUGGAUCCCUAUCUUUAAAGGCUGCUAUUACUCUUCCACGAAGACCUUUCCUUCACUGUUCUACUGUGAUACCCGCUGUGGUUCUGACCCUGAAGUUUACGAUGCACCUUUUCAAGCUCAAAGAUUCAUGGUGCUUUCUUCCCUGGAUGUUAUUUAUAUCCUGGACCUCACACCAUGUUCGAGAUGGAAUUCGCCAUGGCUUGUGGAUAUGCCCAUUUGGAGAAACUUCUCCUUUGCCAUUUUGGCUUUAUGUAAUAAUCACAUCAUCUUUACCUCACAUCUGUUCAUUCGUUAUGUAUUUCACAGGGACAAGCCAAGUGAUGUCUUCAAAACAUGGAAAUUAUAUUCAUGUCUGAGAUAACCAUAUGGCAGUCUUAAAGAACCAAUGGUUGAGAUAAUGACAGCCAACAUUAAAGUGAAUUUUUAAAACAUGUUAGGUACUUAUAUUAAUUAUAA